AUGGAUGAUACCUCGAGCACAUCAUUGUGGCGUUCAAUUGAACAACCACUCGGUGCAUUGCGAGAUCUUCUAGUGCAUUUGGACCGAUCCCACCAGCUCCUGGUGAUGACCUGUUGGCCACCAACAGUUCGUCACAAACUCUGGCAAAUUGUCCGCGAGAUUAGUGACCACCGCAGUACGAUUUCGGUCCGAUUUGCACCCGUCGAUGCACGCCAUCUUCCUUGGCACGAUCCCAAUCAACAUCAGAUUGUGAUCGUCGUCGAUUUAUCCUGUCCCGGAACCCAGCUACUACUGGAGAGCGCAAAACAACUGCUCUACUAUCGCCUCAGAUGGAUCGUUCUGCAAAGCAUUGCUGACGAGCUAAGCUUCCAAGGAUGGAAAACUUGUACUGACUAUCAGGUGCUGGAUCGGCUUCCAUUGUUGGUCAGCAAUGAGGUGUUUUACUUUUGUACUGAUCCUGCAUCGGGACGUCAUGUCAUCCGACAGCAGUACCGUUUGUCCGUUGCACCAAAUGCAUCGGUAACGACCAUGGAAACGUUUGGAGUCUGGCAGCCUGAUAAGGGUGUUCAAUUGGAAUCGAACGCUCCACGCCCUACGGUGACCUCAGUUAGAAGACAGAAUUUUAACCAAUAUCAGCUACGUGCCUCCCUCGUUAUACUGCACAACGAAACGCUUAACCAUCUGGAUGAUUUACAUGAUAGGCACAUCGAUACGAUUUCACGUGUAAAUUAUCUGCUUACGAAAACCGUGGCUCAAGCGCUCAAUGCGACCGUGCGGUUCACCAUCGUCGAUAGCUGGGGAUACCGAGAUCCCGACAAGGAUCGCUACAGUGGCAUGAUCGGCGAGCUGCAAAGCGAUUUAGCCGACCUCGGUGGAACGUCCAUGUUUUUCACGCAAGAUCGCAUCAAGGUGGUCGAUUUCCUCUCAAUGACCGCUUCAACGCGGGCUAGCUUUGUGUUCCGAGCACCGAAACUCUCCUUCACCGACAACGUGUUUCUGCUCCCGUUCGAUCAGUACGUUUGGUAUUGUACGGUUAGCUUCAUCGUCCUUUCCGGUGUGCUGCUUCUGGUGGUUUUGCGAACCGAGCAAAGGUACACGGCCACAUCCGAUGCGGGAAGCCAUUCCAUUACGGGAUUGUCGGACACACUGCUGAACGUGUUUGGCACCACAUGCCAGCAGGGUUCGUUUAUCGAACCGAAAACCGCCCCCGCCCGGUGCCUUGUGUUGCUGUGCCUGGUGGUGCUUAUGUUCCUUUACGCCAGCUAUUCUGCUAACAUUGUCGCCCUCAUUCAAUCGCCGUCUACGAAGAUCCAGACGGUGGGGGAUUUGCUAGCCUCCAGACUGAAGACUGGUGCCGAGGAUACGGUCUACAACCAUUACUAUUUUCGGCACGAAACGGAACCCAUCCGUAAGGCGCUGUACGAGCGCAAGAUGAGAAACAAGGAUGGAACGGAAAAUUUCAUCCCUUUGGCGCAAGGGAUCGAACUCGUCCGCCAGGGACACUACGCGUUUCAUGUCGAGGUUGGUGUAUGCUACAAACUUAUCAGUGAAACAUUUCAGGAGGAGGAAAAAUGUGGCCUUCAGGAGUUGGAGUACUUUAAAGUGAUCGAGCCGUACUACGCGGUGCAAAAGAACAGUUCGUUUCGUGAGUCCGUGCGCAUUAAUCUGUUUAAAAUGCGUGAAUUCGGCAUUCAGGGACGGGAACAUACGCUGCUGUACACGAAAAAGCCACGCUGCGUCGGAGGCAGCAGCUUCAUACCGGUAUCUAUCGUGGACGUUUGGCCAGCUCUGGUAACGCUAGGUUGGGGCUAUUUCCUUACCGCCACAAUAUUGAUUGCCGAGAUACUAUGGGUUCGUAUACGCAGCAGGUUACUCCCGGAGGAUGGUUAUUUUCAUCAUUAG